AUGUUGAGAGCAGGACAGCCACUCCCAAGCGUGGUCAUACGUCGCCAUCUGUCGCAAACUUUGAGAGCGAAUCAAGGAAAUCCACGGUCUCCAUUGCAAAUCUUCCGAGAAACUUUUAAACAGGAAUGGAAGAAAUCGCAAGAGCUGCAAGACAACAUCAAAGCGCUUCAAGAUGCGUCCGGUAAGAUUGGGGACUCUGAGGCUUACAAGAGGGCGAGAGAGGCAUAUGUGGGAGCUCAAAAGGGCUCGACAAUUGUGGGGAAAGCUUUCAAGAAGACCGGUGAUGCCGUUGAAAAAGUGGCCAGCAAUGCCUGGGACUCUGAGAUCGGUAAAAGCACAAGAACAGCCGUCAAUAAGACUGCUGCGAAGCUGGACGAGUCGUUUGAGCCCGUGAGAAAAACUCAGGUAUAUAAGGAUAUGUCAGAGGUGAUGGAUAGCGAGAACAGCUCUCGCUACGGUGGGUUUGCAUCAAAAGAACAGAGAAGAUUGAAACUAGAACGUGAUAUAGCAUCUGGAAAAAGACCCAAGGCCGUCAGAAGUAACGAGGAUGCCGGUUCUGCCCUAGUGGCAACUGACAUCGAAGCCAAAGAAUCGCUUGGUAAGAAAGUGGAUGAUUUCAAAGAGAAAACUGUGGUGGGUAGAAAGCUGCAGGAAACCAAAAACAGGCUUUGGGAUGAAAGUGAGAACCCUCUGAUAGUACUCUUGCGUACCAUAAGCGGCAAAAUCGGCGGGCUUUUCGCAGAAACUGAGUCUGCCCGUGUUAUGGGUCAAUUCAAAAUGAUGGACGCCAAUUUCAACAGCGAAUCGUUCAUGAACCAUCUGAGAGAAUACGUGAUACCUGAAGUUCUCGAAGCGUACGUCAAGGGAGACGAAAAAGUUCUCAAAUCGUGGUUUAGCGAGGCGCCUUACAACGUGUACGCCGCCCAGCAAAAAGUUUUCCGUGAACAAGGUCUUUUUGCCGACGGACGCAUUCUUGACGUGAGAGGUGUUGAUGUAGUAAGUGCCAAACUAUUAGCUCCUCAGGACCUACCCGUCUUGGUUGUGGGUUGCAGAGCGCAGGAAAUCCACUUGUACCGGAAAGUCAAGACAGGCGAGGUGGCCGCUGGUACUCAAUCCAAUAUCCUAAUGAGCUCUUACGCCAUGGUUUUCACUAGGGACCCUGAAAACAUAGAAGACAAAGAAACUGAGGGUUGGAAAAUCCUGGAGUUUGUCCGAGGAGGGUCCAGACAGUUCACUUGA